AUGGAUUGCCUUGAUGGAUCCCCUGGGGAGUUCAGGAACUUUGAGAAGGGCGACUUUGAAGCAGACUGGAUUAAGGUGGCAGAAAGCAGAUUUGGUCAGGUGUACCAGGUCAAGCUGAAGCUUUCGCAGCUACAAUGUGCCGUAAAGAGCUUUGACACAACACAGUGUGCGAAGAAUGUUUACAGGUGGGAUAUAUUGAUGAAACUCUGCGUACAUUUUACAUAAUCUUGCUGUAUGAGUACCUAUAAGUUUUAGUUUCAGGAGCAUUUCAACCAUUUAAUAUCAGAAAGUUGCUUUCUGUGGUCAAAUAAAUACUCAUUUCUGCUCAAAACAUUCAUUUUUCAUCACAGGAGAUUGAUAGAAGAGGCGUCCAGCAUUGCCAAAGUGAAAUCCAAGUACAUUGUGACCAUCCACGGACUGUGCAGAGAAGCUACAGCUAUGGUGAUGGAGUACAUGAGUAAUGGAUCCUUGAACAAUCUCCUGGCCAGUCACACCUUGAUGUGGCCGAAGAAGUUCCAGAUGAUUCAUGAGGCCUCAAUGGGCAUGAAUUUUCUCCACAGCAUGAAACCUCCACUGCUCCACCUCAACCUCAAGACAUCCAACAUCCUUGUAGAUGAUUACCUGCAUGUCAAGGUCAGUGAAACUCAAUGAAAUAUCAUUUGUGUGUACAGGGAUAUUUCUGUGCCCUAAGUAAUAAAUACAAAGCUUGUCUUACUAUGAAAUUCUUGUCCUUUUAUUUUGUUAAGAUUGCAGAUUUUGGUUUAAUCCACUGGGAAGAGGGCAUGAACAAGAAGUUGUUCACAGAGAGUCUGGCAGCGAGAGGGAACAUAAGUUAUAUUCCUCCGGAGAGCUUCACCCAGGGCUCUGAUCCUCCAGGAACUGCGUUUGAUGUUUACAGGUGACUUGCCAAGGGCAUUUCUGAAAUUGCACCAUUACAGUCACUGCUUUUUUUCCCUGCUUCAGUUCAAAACCCACAGUUCACACAACGUAACCUCGAUCUCGACUGUAUUAAAGUUACCAUGACAGGUCACUGUGGACAUACGCUAUUUCACUCAUGGCUGGCACACACGCUCUUACUUUUUAAACUCACCGCUUUUAUAAAUUGCAAUUUCUUUUUAAUCAAAGUGGAGUGAAACAUCUUUUUUACUACUGCUAUUUGAACAAAAUUGAGACUGCUACUAAUUUCCCUAACUGCAGGAUAUGCAGCAGUAAGAGUUUCGGAUUGAAGUGCCUCUUUUUGCUUUAUUUCGCAGCUUUGGAAUUGUUAUUUGGGAGAUUCUGACACAGCAGAAACCACACACAGGUAGGAAUUUAUGUGUGUAUAUAAUCUUUAUUUCACACAGAUUACUUGGUGCAAAAUGAGCAAAAAUUCGCAAAACACUCAAAAUAUCCAGCUAAACAGGACUGAGGGCAUUGCUAUCUCAGUCAGACAAUGAAAGACCCACUCAGUCCCCACAGUCAAACAAGACUACUUCACCCUAGGUUUGCUCCCCCUGUUCAAUUAUAAUUUGCAUAACCACUUAUUAACAAUUAAUCCCUUACUUAGUACCUCUAUCUUUCUUAAUGAGCUCUAAAAUACCAUAACACCAUCGGCUUAUCAGUUCCUUCAACGUAACUCCCAGGUGAGCAGGUGUGCUGCAGAAUUUGAGUUCUCAGCAUAUUUUAGUCAAGUUUCACUCAGACAAAGUAUUCAGAAAAUUUGUCAACACAUCCGAACCUGCUUUGCUGCUCUGGAGUAAGUCUGCAUGAGUGAAACCACAGUGAACCACAUGUCUUAAAUCUGCUUUUGUGGUCCCAGGGUGCAGCGUGACCACGGUGCUCUUACAGGUGUCACAAGGUAAAAGACCCUCUGUGGAGCUGAUUUCUGAACAAAGGCCUCCUGAAUGUGAUCAGAUGAUCCACAUCAUGAAGCAGUGCUGGGAGCAGGACCACAGGAAGAGGCCGCAGUUCUCAGGUGUGCCAAGUGGAUUUAAAGCUCUGAAUGGAAAUGCAGCCAUUACUAAAGCUCCCACACCCACAACAGACACACUAAGUCUUGUACAAAUAAUAUAAUAGAUAAAAAGGAUAUAAUUUUAACUGAAUAAGCAGAAAAAAAAAUAUAUUUGUGAAAAGAAAAGUAAUGUUUGGGAUGCUUCAUUUUUCCUGAGUUGUGCUCAUAUCCUUUCAUGUAAUCCCAUUGUAAAACAGUUUUUCAGUGCACACAAAGCUAUGCCGUCUAUUAAAACUUUGUUUUUUACGUAAAUCAAUCAAGUUGAAGUAUAUAUUCAAAAUUGUAAGUACUAUUCAUGCUUAGCAUUUAGAAUCUCACAGGGUAAGAGAUGAACAGUGCCACAUGCUGAAAACUUAAAGGGAUAUUCCAGCGUAAAAUUAAUUCAGGGUCAAACACACAGUAACACCAAGUUAGACACCCCCUCGAGAGAUGAAUGUUGCUGACCGCUUGCUUCUCUAGUUAUACCAACUUUAGUAACGACUACAGAUAGCAAUACACAGCAGUCUGAGGAGCCACACACAAACCUCAACCAAAAAUCCACUCUAUAGCCACAAAUAAUGCUCAGAACGGCACCUAACUUCAUCAACAGUACAUAUAGGGUCCUAGCCACUAAACAUCUUUUUAGCUUUGACUAAUUUCUUUAGCAAAGAGACUAAAUACAACUUACCUACUCUCUUCCAGCAGCUGCUUGUUUGUAGCAAGACCUCAGGCCAGUCCAGUAUGGACUACAGCGGGGUGACACAGCUCAAGGAAGAACAUUUAUGAUAAUUUCUUCAUGGAAAUACAAUCAGACCAAGACGCUAAGGCAGAAAAACUACCACGUCUGCAGUGCAAAAUGAUUAAUAUGAUGAUUAUUACUUCAAGGAAAUAAUAAAGAAAUGACCAUAAAUGUUCUUCCUUGAGCUGCGUCACCCCGCUGCAGCCCAUAAUGGACUGGCCAAGUCCAUUAAAGUUAUGUUAUGUUGAGAAAUUAGUUUGAGAUUUUUUUUUAUGUUUGAGGGUAAAAGGGUAAAUAGAGCACAUUUGUUUAGAAAGACACCCACAGCUCCAAAAGUCAUGCUGAUGAAUGCAAAUCAGCGUUGUGUUUAUUCCUAAACAGCAGCUAUUAUAGUCUCUGAUAAUAACAGACACCCGUCGUACAUAACAAUUUGCUCCAUGUUGAGCGAUUAUGAAAGGUUUUGCAGUUGGGAGUAUGGGCAAACAUUUGUCUGAUUAGGUACAUUCAGAACAGCCUUCUCCCUCUAAAUUCUGCCCGAUAUUUUAUUUGCAGACAUGGUGAAGGAAACAGAAGCACUGAGUGAAGUCCUGAAGAUCCCAGAACCAAUCAGAAUGUCAAACAGUGACAGUAGUCAGAAAUCAGGUUAUCCACGGCAGCUUUCACUGAUACACAAGGUAAGCUCAAAGUCAUAAAUGUUUGUAUUCUCCUUUUUCAUUCUUAGUGUAAAAUAGCAAUCAGGGAGAUGCUUUGUUUGAUUGUUAUGACUGCUGGUAUGGAUUUUUUUCAUUAAAGCUCUUUCUUGUUUAUUGUCACACUGCUAUAACUGCACCAUAUAUAUUUUUUAAUCUCAUGCCAGGAGCUGCUUGUAAAAUGUAUGCAUGAUAUUUCUUAAUGUUUGCACAAUCCACUUCAAGUCCCUCUGAUUUAUUUUGUUUUCAUUUUUAUUGCACCAUAUGCUUUGCUUUUAAGAUAGGUUUCCCCCUGAGUGUGGAAUAAUGAGAAAUAAGACUGAAGGACGAGGUGCUGUAGUUUACACAGCAAAAACAUUCCUCGGUCACGCUCGCAACUCUGUGAAAUGUGAUAAAGCACUGCUUUGAAUGUGCAAUAAGUACUUGGGGGAGCAGAAAAACACAUACUUGCAUCAUAACCAUCCUUUUUAUUUUUAUUGAAGAAACUUGAAAGAGUUGGCUGUUGACAUAUUCAGACAUUAAAACAACAUACUGUAAGCAUUUAUUUUUAGUGGUGUUUUCAGUGAAUAAAAGUACAGAAGAUGCUAAUCAUGGCACAACCAGUUAGAAAACUGACUCUUACAGUCUUUUCACAGGAAACAAUAGGGCUGUGAAGGUUGCACUCUCAUCUUAUGAAUAGUCAUUCAAAAAAAGCUACAAUUAGUGCUUAUAUGCUCAUUUCACAAUGCUAACAAGCUGCAGCAGGUUUAGUUUUGAUCAUGUUAACAUCUCAAAACAAUGUAGAAGUACAUGUAAUGGUAAUAUGUUGUGUAGUGCAUUGUACACACUAAUAUUUCCAAGCUUGCUAUAGUGUUUGCUUAUUUGCACUUGUAUAAAGUAGGCUAGUACAGCUCGAGCUGAAGGGAAUGCCACACUGCAGUACCCAAAGCUAAGUGUUUUCAUCUCAUAUCUGAAAAAGUUUCACACACAGACUGUAUAUAGAAUCGACAGCGUCUUUCUCCUUGCUGGGUGAAGCAGCCCCAAGAACAGCACCCUCAGGCUGCAGUAUAGGUCAUAAAUUUAAAUAGGUAUAAAAGUGUCUACUGGUAGAAAUGAUGCUAUAUCGUUUAUACCGGAGAGAGAGCAGAUGUCUGCUGCAUCUCUCUAAGUCAGUCUGUAAUUGCGCUCGCUAACAGGAGAGCCGGGGUCAUCCAUUUGGGCGCCUUUCCGUAUAUUCACCAUUGUGUCGUACAGAGUUUGUUCGCUCCGUUUGAUUGGUCAGGUUUGGGUGCGCUCCCUAUAAUCAUCAGCAGACUGCUUGGCAUAGUUUCGACAAAGGAGAAACAGAUUCACUGGUAUUGGCCAUGGCAGACGCUGUGAUUUGUAGCAGUACCAGGCAAAAGGAGGCAGCCCAGCCCACCCAACAUGAGGAUGAACUUGUUCUGAAAAAGGGUGCGAGUCGCGACAUCGGUUGUCUGGAGAUUCUUUGGAUUUAGAAAAUCUGACAAUGAUCAAAAACAAUACUAUGCAAAUAGUGUCAUGUGGCUGUCGUUGCUUGAGGUGGACACACCAGCAACCUCUUCCACCACCUAAAGAUGAAACGCGCCAUGCUCUAUUAUGUGAGCCAGAAGAUGCGUGGCGCACCUGCACCAAAAACUAAAGUUGCAGCAGCUCUACUCAUACAGAGAGCUUGACAGAGUCUUUCGCCAAAAGUACACCAUAUGAAAAAAAAAAUAGCCAGACUAGUCUGGCAUUUUUUUGCAUUUGUAUACAAAUCUGAGUUUAAAAAAAGAAAAUGAACAAAUGUGACAGUAUGGUUAUUUUUAAGCCAUAAAUUGAUUUUACAGGGGGGGGGGACAUACCGGGAUAUAUACUGCUACCAUGAUAUAAAAUUACUCAUACUGUGAUGUAAGAUUUUGUGAAUACCGCCCAACAUUACUUGACACUUGAUACAGCCCAUGGACGUACGAAGAUUGCGUAGCUGUUUGAGCCAAGCGUCAUCACAGCUGCACCGAAUGCGUACAUCACUACUGCAAGUGGUGGAGUGCGUACAACGCUACUGCACAAUGUUGGUUUCAGGAAGUGGAGAAAAAAUGUGGAAUUACAGAGAGCUUUUUGCUUCAAAUCCGUAUACUGGCUGAAGGCGUAACCAAGUUGUCCAUAGUGUAUACAGUCUUUGGUUGUACAAGACAAAGUGUUAACCACACUUACAAACAAAACAAAUUGCAAAUAACAAAUGAUUUUUUCAAACCUCAAGUGUUUUGAUGUAAGAAUAAUGUCACAUACAUGCUUGUUAACCUCCUGUGAUGAUUGAUGUCACAGUUUAUAAUGUUUUCUCUCCUACUUUCCUCUUUUAGAUUGCGUUGCCUGAGCUGCCUGACCUUCCCUCAGCAGGUAAACACAUGGCAACAAUAGGACUGAAAACCAUGUUCAAAUGCAGUAUACCAAGCCUGGAGGGCUGACAUUUAAAAAGUGCCAUUUACAGAUCCAUCACAUUUUAAUUUUACCUUCAGUGCUGAGAAGCAGAGUCAACUAUCAGUGGAAGAGAGAAUAAAGAAACAUUCGUGCAGUUAUGUAUGCUUUUUCUCUUGAGUAUCCACUCAAUUUUUAUAGAGAGUUUGCAAAAUUUCACGUGAUCCCCACCUGAAAUGCAAUCGUGCAAUCGUGGGAACAUUGACUCCACACAGUUUAGACAAAUAGGUAAUACUGACUGAGCUUCCCAGGCCUGAAAAACUUACCACCCUCUGCACAGCAAAGCACAGUACAUGUUAAAAUGUAGAGACUCAAUUUGAUAUUUUCUGGGACAUAAAGGUAUGAUCUAAACUACUGCAGCUCUUUUUCUCAUUCAACGCCCUUUGCUUUCAUUUCACAGAUGACCAACAUGCAGAGGAUGAAAUUCUCUCCCUGCUCUCCAAAAAGGAGUUUGGUAGUUUCAGACAAUCUGUGAGAACCGAGCAUGUGCACACACAGUUUUCAGGAGAAAAAAGUCUCCUCCACUACACAGUGGCCAGCGGGAAUGCAGAGAGCGUUAAACAUGUGCUGAGUCUUGGGGCUGAAGUCAACUGCACUACCGCCAGAGGUUACACGCCACUUAUUGUCGCUGUUUUGCAAAGGUUCGUAUGAAAAAGCUGUUAAAGGGAUAUUCUGGCGUAAAAUUAAUUCAGGGUCAAACACAACGUAACACUGAGUUAGACACCCCGUCGAGAGAUAAAUGUUGCCGACUGCUUGCUUCUCUAGCUACAUCAACUUUAGUAACGACCACACAAUAGCAAUAUACAGCGGGGUGACGCAGCUCAAGGAAGAACAUUUAUGACCAUUUUUUCAUGGAAAUUCAAUCAGACCGAGACGCUAAGGCAGAAGAACUACCGCGUCUGCAGUGCAAAAUGAUUAAUAUGAUGAUUAUUACUUCAAGGAAAUGAUAAAGUAAUGAUCAUAAAUGUAUUGCUAUUGUGGGGUCAUUAGAGAAGCAAGCGGUCGGGAACAUUCAUCUCUCUACGGGUUGUCUAACUCGGUGUUACGGUGUGUUUGGAAAGAAGCUUGUGUUUGCAAGCAGCUAUUUUUACGAUGUUAACCUUAAUAAGGUCACAGAGAUCUCCUAAAUUCAUUAUUUUGCUGAUGCUUAAAUGAGAAGUUUGAUUCGUCUCUUUGGUUUAUCUUUCUAACUGGGUUGAGAGCGCAGGAAAUUUAUCUGAGAAUCACAACAAAAAUUCAGUCUGCAGGCCAAUGUCAUAACGAUUCGAUGAAAUCACUUUCCUUCAGGUUUCAUGAGCUCAUCUAUUUGUUGCUGGAACAUGGAGCAGCUCCAGACCUUGGAGAUGAAGAUCAAUGGACGGCGCUCCAUUUCGCUGCUCAAAGCGGUGACGACAGGAUAGUUCGCCUCCUCUUGGACAAAGGAGCAGCAGCAGAUGCACGGGAAAAAGCUGGUUGGAUGCCACUCCACCUGGCCUGCCAGAACGGCCACGAAACAGUGGUGCGCCUGCUGCUUUCACGGCUGUCGGAGGAAGCCGUUGGAGAACGGGAAGCACAGGGGAGGACGCCGCUUCACCUCUCCUCAACUUACGGUCAUCAUGGUAUUGUCAAGCUCCUCCUUUCCCAGGGAGCAGAUCCCAACGCCAUAGACUGCUCCAUGUCCACAGCCCUUCACUUAGCAGCUGAUGAAGGCCAGAACCGAAUAGUCAGACAGUUACUGAAGAGUGGCGUAAAUCCCAACUGUGCCGACAGCAGAGGCUUCACCCCGCUGCACCUGGCUGCUCUGAAGGGCCACACGGGCAUAUGCAGGCAGCUGUUGUCAAAUGGGGUCAGCCCAGACAUAAGGACCUUGCAAUGCUGGACACCCAUGCACCUGGCGGCCCUUAGAGGACACGAAGCCACGGUGGUACAGCUGGAGAGUCAGGGCGCUUGUGUAAACGCUAGAGGUGAGAAUGGAUGGACCCCGCUACACCUGGCCUGCCACCAGAACGAGGCGGAGGUGGUGGCAAACCUCCUGUCCGCCAAAGCCGACCCAAACGUGUGGGAGGACAGUGAAAGAUGGACACCAUUACAUGCAGCAUGCAUCAGCGUCAGCCUCCCCAGUGUCCUCCACUUAUUAGCACAUCACGCAGAUGUGAAUGCAGUAAACUCUAGAAAGGCUUCAGCUUUACACCUGGCUGCCCAGCAUGGCUCCACACCCAUGGUAAAGGCUCUCCUACUGAAUGGAGCAGACCGGACUCUGCGAGAUUCUUCUGGAUCUACAGCUCUGGAUGUCGCCCAACGGUGUGAGAAAUGGGAGAUAGUAAAGCUACUGCAAACGUAG